CUUUAUGCCACUUGUAUUUACGAGUUUGAGAGAAGAAGAGGAAGUAUCAGAGGACAUGAUGGGGAUAAUGGAUGAAUGACAAAAGGCAUGAGUCUCUGUUUCCUUGGUUUAGACCUCCUUUGAAGCCGAGCAAACACAAUGUCAAAGAAGAACUCCACAGAGGUGACUGAGUUCAUUCUCCUGGGUCUGACAGAUCGAGCAGAGCUGCAGCCUGUCCUUUUUGUGGUGUUUCUGUUCAUCUACCUGAUCACAGUGAUUGGCAAUGUGAGCAUGAUCUUGCUAAUCAGGAGUGACUCAAGACUUCACACUCCAAUGUACUUCUUUCUCAGUCACCUCUCCUUCCUAGAUCUCUGCUAUGCCACCAAUAUCACUCCUCAGAUGCUGGUUAAUUUCUUAUCCAAGAGGAAAACCAUUUCUGUCAUUGGUUGCUUUAUACAAUUCCACUUUUUCAUUGCCUUGGCGAUCACAGAAUAUUAUAUGCUCACAGCAAUGGCUUAUGACCGCUACACGGCCAUCUGCAAACCCUUGUUAUAUGGUAGCAAAAUGUCCAGAAGGGUCUGCAUCUCCCUAGUCAUGAUUUCUUAUACUUAUGGCUUUGCAAAUGGUCUGGUCCAGACCAUCUUGAUGCUUCGUCUUUCCUUCUGUGGACCCAAUGAAAUCAACCACUUUUACUGUGCAGACCCACCUCUGUUAGUCCUUGCCUGCUCAGAUACUCAUGUCAAAGAAAUGGCCAUGUUCGUGGUGGCCGGUUCCAACCUCACCUUCUCUCUCACCAUGAUUCUCAUCUCUUACAUUUUCAUUUUCACAGCCAUUUUGCGUAUUCGGUCUGCUGAGGGAAGGCGCAAGGCCUUCUCCACCUGUGGGUCCCACCUGACAGCUGUCACUGUCUUUUAUGGGACACUGUUCUGCAUGCAUCUGAGGCCCCCUUCAGAAACAUCUGUGGAGCAGGGUAAAAUUGUAGCUGUGUUUUAUAUCUUUGUGAGUCCCAUGUUAAAUCCUUUGAUCUAUAGCCUGAGGAACAAAGAUGUUAAAGAAGCAUUCAGAAAAGUUAUCCAAAAUAAAUUGUUUCUUAAGUAAAUUAAACAUUCUGGUCUUAGGUGUGCAAUACAUCUUAUUGUCUGACCAAUUAAUAAGCACUUGAAUAAAUCACUAUUUGUUAUUGAGUGUUGUUGUGUUUUGUAAUUCACAUAUUGAACUUGGAAGAAUCUUAGUUAUCACGUCAAUGAGUGAAAAAAAAGUAAUGCAUAGAAAUUCAAAGACAAUACUAGGAGGUAUUGCUAUUGAUCCUUAAAGUCAAUGAAAACUGGAUGUUCCCAUCUAUAAUACUCUUACUCUUAAAAAGUUGUAAAAGGCAGAACUAUCAGAUGGUGCUAGAACAAUAAAAGUUUGUUAGAGUUUUAUAGUGCUUAAUGAUUUCCAAGCUAUACUCAGAAAUUUCUCAACCAUAGGAAGUGAAUUUUUUGCCUUUAGAAAGUCAUAUAGCAGUAAAGAUUCCUGGGUAUUUCAGGUUAUUACUCUAAGAAAAAUAUUUAGAAUGGUAGUAUUGGUCCAGUGGAAUCUUCAUUUGUACGGUCUUUCAUGAAACACUAAAUGUCUUUUAGGAUUUUUCAAACCAGUAUACAUCUCCAAAUUAUGUGCCAUUUUCAACAUAUAAUCA